GCCAUUGUUACUCUUAUUGCUUUUCCUGCAUAUAUGGAUAUGUAGAUAACGUUUCCUUAAACACCUUCUAUGAUACAAGUUUGGAAAAAAUGCUGAAACGGAAUAUUUUGCGCGGGAUGAUGCAGCUGCAUCCGAAACCUACACCAAAUCCGUUGUGCUUUUCCUACACUAUUCCAUCAAACACGUAUGAAAACUUCGUCCCGAAUGGGGUCACUUGCGAGGUGCCGCACCAGGGCCUGGCAUGGGUUCAUCCCCUUUCACAAGGCCUCUUUGAGCAGUACUCACAGGAAGUCGUCAAUGUGUUUAUCAUCCCUCGCAGCGUCUCCAUCACUGUACACGACAGGGUGGACUGGUCUUCAAUAGAAUGGAGUAUUAGCAGUUUUAUAGGGCACUAUCUAGUCUUCAAGGGUGAGUGCGUCGCACCGGUGAAGGAGUACGCCCUCUUCGAGGAUGAUUUGGUUAUCAACGAGAACGAUUCGGAGGUGCUUCAGUGCAUUAAAGAACUGCUUCGGGGGCAAGUUCGGCCGAUGGUGCAGCGCGACGGUGGUGAUGUAAAGCUGUUGGAGUUCAAUGAGAAAACCGGGGUCGUUUCUCUUGCAAUGCUGGGCGCCUGCCGAAACUGCCCUUCAUCGCAAAACACUCUCAAAGAUGGGAUUGAGCGUGUGAUGCGGCACUUCUUGCCAGAGGUUACGGAGGUGGAGGAAGUUAAGAAUCACCAAUUUUAUAGGGAAUAUGAUUUGUUGUUCAACAACGAAAGUGCGCUUUACCACGAGGCAGAGCGAGUGGAUCAUGAACGUAGAAAACACUUGAAGACUAAACUAACGCCCAGCAUCAUGUCUUUUGCUGCCUUGAAUGAACCAGACGGAAGUUAA